GUCCCUCUUGCUUUCACCAUGCUGCAUUCUGUCGCCAACUACUUCCAUGUCCGUCGUAGAGGUAUAAAUCGUGCUGCAGGAUACAUUGGGGGCGCAUAUUUGCUGGGACAAUACGUCCUCGGACGGCUCGAGGAUGUCCGCGACAGGUUGAUGCAGGACAGGAUGGCGAGGGAGAACCUCCGAAGGAGGUUUGAGCAGAAUCAGCAAGACGUCGACUUCACCAUUAUGGCGCUGCUUCCGACGCUUGGCAAGUACAUCCUCGAGGGCAUGGACGUCGAAGGCGUCACCUACGAGCUGCAAUCAUAUUCGAAGGCGACAAGGCCCCAUAUAGAGCUGCAACCUCCAGCACCACCAUCGGAAUCGAGCUUGGCAUCGAGCAUGGAGUUGCUACUGAAGCCAGCACAUGACGACCGCUCGGAGAAUGGGUCACUGUCUGUCAUAUCCUCCGCGCACGAGAAUGGCUCGCCUUCAGAGCUCUCUUCAUCUUCGAGCUGGAUAGACCAUUCACUUCAAGUCUCCCAGGCGUCUGCAGAACUGGUGUCGCCUAUCUCCAAUUCCAGGUCGAGCAAGUCACCGGACUCGAGACAAGAGGCGGACUUGUCCGAAUCUAUGGUCUCUUCGAGCACGACAUCUGGUUCGAGCGUUGCGCAGGAUAUUCUGUGGUCGCCAGGGAGUGCUAGAUCUGAGAUUGUGAACCCAGUCACUAGAAGCAAGGCAGAUCUAUGGAAGGAGGUCAAAAUACUCACAUUCACCCGGACACUAACCAUCAUCUACUCCAUUACGCUACUAUCUAUCUUCACUCAUAUUCAGCUCAACAUCCUCGGUCGCUUGAAGUACAUUCAGUCUGUCGUACAGGCGGAGCGGGAAGAGCGGCGGCGGGAGCGGGUGCAGCAGGACGUGUCCAUGCUACUAGCCGGUGUGGAAGAGGCGUUGUCAGAGGAAAAUGAGGACGUGGAUGAGGAUGAGGACGAGAUCAUUAGCGAGGAGACGGAGCGCAAGUACCUUACGCUCAGCUGGUGGAUUCUGCAUGUAGGGUGGAAGGACGUGGGCGAGCGGGUCAGGCGAGGUGUCGAAGAGGUCUUUGAGGGGGUGUCACUGAAGACAAAGUUCACGAUUCAGGACUUGUUCCGGCUCGUGAGCGAUGUCCGGCGCAGGGUAGAGUAUGAAGUGACGUUCGAGGGGCGCGAGCGACGUAUAGAUUUCCUUUCAACCCUCCUUCCGCCAACGUCCGAGACCCUCACCCACGUUCUCAUCCAAGGCGGGAUCCCGUCCCGGCUUGCCGGCACCGCCGACCCACACUUCGACGCACUUCUUGCUGAGACACGCAUACACCUACAAUCUGCAUCGUUCCAGCGCGUGCUGGAGGUGUGCCUUGACCGUGCGACGGAGGUGCUCUUCGACGGGCUGCGGAAGCAUGUAUUCCACAGCGCGGCGUCGGAGAGUGGGCUGGACGAGCGCGACGAGGAGAUGCGUGAACGGCUGGCGGCGAUGCUCCCUGGCUUGGCAAGGUGGUGUCAUCUGGCGCUGGAGGGGCUGCCGAAUGAGCUUGUGGAUCAUUUGGCGAAUGUCAGGGAGAUGUCGGCGUUCUCUGCCAUUAUAUACUCGAACUAUGAUGAUCGCUUUCGGUAAUGACACAUACCCUAUUGAUGACUUGCAGUAGCAGAACCAUCGGCAGAUAAACCGCAUGACAUGAUCAAGAGCGGAACAUUGCAUACAGACAGCAGACUGGGCUGGAUCCGAGAUCUGAUGCUUGUCUAACGUACAAGAUCAUAAUCCCUUGCUCUAUACUGAACUUACGUCACUGCGCAUCAGUACGUCAAUAUCAACCGGACGGCCAUUGCUGUUAAGCCCUGCUUGGAUGAAUGCCACAUCCUUCAACGCGCCCUGCGGGUUUCCGAGACCAUUGUCAUCUCCCCGAAUCGCGUUGACGAACCCCUCGAGCUCCUUCGGCACGCCGUCCAUCGUCCGGUCCAAGAUCUCCUCUACCUCGCCAAGGUCACGCCCAUCCUC